UGUACAUGCAAACCAGUGGUAAGAUGCCUUCAGUCCCAGCUGGUGAUCAGGGUGGGUUUGUCCCAGCUACUGAUGUGAUGACUGAGAUGAUAAGGGUUGGUGCUAGUGCAGCAGCUAACGCUGAUGAUGCUACUGCAUCUAGUGCCGGUGCUGCUCCAGUAGCAGCUGGUCUUGUUGCUGCUGUUCUUGGGGGUCCUACGGCAAUGAGAUGGAACAACAACACCUUUGGAUUUAUUCUUAGGAGGAUGGCUCAACUUCUUAGUGAUGGUAGCAGGCCUAACAAGGUCUUCAAGGACAAGGAUGUCAACUCUGUGGCCAAAGCCCUUAAGGAGUACAGUGGGGAGGCAGUGAGCCCAACUCAGGUGUAUAACCACUUGAGGAAAUGGAGGCAGAAAUGGUCUAGGGUGUCUAAGCUCAAAGACCUUAGUGGGGCUUUAUGGGAUAGUGACUCCAAUGCUAUCUUGCUUGAUCAGGAGCACUACCUUGGCCACUGCCAGGACCAUCCAAAAGAUGCAGAGUUCCUAAACUGCCCUAUUAGGUUCUACACUGAUAUGGAGGCCAUUUUUAGCCAUGAUAUGGCCACUGGCAAAUUUGCACUUGGUUCUGGUGAAGCCUUAGGACAAACUGAUGUUGGAGAGGGUAGCAAGGCCACCGAGAUCCCCUCCAUAGCUAUGGGUAGGAAGAGGAAGAGAGGGAACUUCAGUGAGGAUGAGAUGCUUAUGUUGACCAAUAUGUCUGAUGCAGUGAACAAUGUGGCUAAUGCUCCUAGAGAUACUAGACCUGUUCAUGUGUAUGCUAACCUCUACCUAGCUGUGAUGGAGAUGCCUGGCUAUUUUGAGGAGGCACUGAUUGUUGCCUACACCUUCCUCCUGGACAACAAGGCCCAAGGCAGGGGCCUUGUUCACAUGACUGAGGCACAUAGAAACAUUUGGCUUAGGACCUUCCUAGCCAAGAACUACUACAUGUAG